GGGGAGAGAGAAAAAAAGAAGAAACAGCAGGAAGACGAGCUUUGUUUCCAAGAGGAAUCCUGUGUUUCCAUUGAUAUGGCUGCUCCAUUUCGGAAGCCUGAACCCCUGCGCUUGGCCUUGUGGAUCUUCCUUCUAUGCCUCAGCAUCUUUCCUCAAGCCUGUGCCGUUGUUGGACACAGAGAGCCGCUGCCUGAUGACAGUAAUAAUAUCACAAUUUUCACCCGCAUCUUAGACAGACUGUUGGAUGGAUAUGACAACAGACUCCGUCCUGGGCUGGGAGAGAGUGUGACCGAAGUGACGACGAACAUUUACGUGACAAGUUUUGGCCCAGUGUCAGACACUGACAUGGAGUACACCAUCGAUGUAUUUUUCCGCCAGAGUUGGAGAGACGAGAGACUGAAAUUUGACGGGCCCAUGCAGGUGUUGCCCCUCAACAACCUCCUGGCCAGCAAGAUCUGGACACCUGACACAUUUUUCCACAAUGGAAAGAAGUCCGUUGCCCACAACAUGACAACUCCAAACAAACUUCUGCGACUCGUUGACAACGGCACGCUUCUCUACACUAUGAGGUUGACCAUUCAUGCCGAAUGUCCCAUGCACCUGGAGGAUUUCCCCAUGGAUGCGCACGCCUGUCCCCUGAAAUUUGGAAGCUAUGCAUACACCAACAAUGAGGUGAUUUACCUCUGGACUCAAGAAGACGAGCGCUCGGUUGCUGUGGCAGAGGACGGUUCCAGGCUCAACCAGUAUGACCUACUGGGACACGUUAUUGGCAAAGAAACCAUAAGUUCCAGUACAGGGGAAUAUGUCGUGAUGACAACAUAUUUCCAUUUGAAAAGGAAAAUUGGAUAUUUUGUGAUCCAAACCUACCUUCCCUGCAUCAUGACAGUCAUACUGUCACAGGUGUCCUUCUGGUUAAACAGAGAGUCAGUUCCUGCGCGCACCGUAUUUGGUGUCACCACUGUCCUCACCAUGACGACCCUAAGCAUCAGUGCCCGCAACUCCCUCCCUAAGGUUGCCUACGCCACAGCCAUGGACUGGUUCAUGGCCGUGUGCUAUGCCUUUGUCUUCUCUGCCUUGAUUGAGUUUGCCACAGUCAACUACUUCACCAAGCGCAGCUGGGCGUGGGAUGGGAAAAAAGAGGGCAUGGAAGUCAGGGAACCGUUUCAGGCUAACAUGGCCAGGAUUAACGAUAUGAGAAGAGAAUCGGCAACUCUCUCCAAAAAGGCAAACAACACGUUCAACAUUGUUGGAACAACCUACGCCAUCAACGUAGCCAAAGACCAAGGUUUAACAACCAUUUCUAAGAGUGCUAGUACCGGGGCGUCGGCCAAGCACUCCUACCUUCAUAAAAUGGAUGACCCCUACACAGAAGCUAAGAAGUCUUACAACCGAGUCAGCAAAGUGGACAAGAUAUCACGCAUCAUUUUCCCUGUCCUUUUUUUCAUUUUCAACUUGGGCUACUGGGCCACAUAUGUCAACAGAAAGCCUGCCAUCAUAAAGGCAAACAACCUCAACUGAAUUCGAUCAAAAGUCAGUCUUGAUCUGGUUUUACAAUGAAAGAUAAACAGGUUUUCUGGAGGCCAUUAGCAUCUUGUUGUGUACGUGUGUGUUCGUGCGUGCGUGCGUGCAUACUCUUCGGCGGUACCUUGACUAACGUGUGCCCCAACCUACAUUCAUGGCUUAAGGUCAUGGCUAAAAACACUGGCACCCCAGGGGUACCAAAAUGUUUUUAGCCAUGACUGUGCAAAAAGACACAAAUGCAUUUUUUUCCCCUGAGUGUCUGACAUGAAAUCAGACUAAAAUUUGUCUGUUUUAGGUCAAUUAGGAUUACCAAAAUUUGUUCUAUUUGCUAAAUGCCAGAAUAAUGAGAGAAUGAUUUUUUUUUUUUAGAUAUAACAGACAAUAAAGUCAUGGCAAGAAAACAAAAAGACAUUUCUUUCCUGAGUGUCUGACAUGAAAUCAGACUACAAUUGCAUUGCUUUGGAUCGAUUAAGAUGACCAAAAUUUAAUGAAGUGAGAAAAAAAAUUUAAGCAAUUGUGGCACGUAAUGCCCUCACAUGUGGGUAAGGAGAGCCACAUGUACUUUCAGCUUUUUAUUGAACAGUCAAACACACAAAUACAAAAUGAGAACACUCUCAAUGAGCUGCUGUAGGCCACAACUCGCGUCCAGACGCUCACACGCAGACUGACUCCAGCUCCUGUCGCCACUCACUGGGCCACACCCCAUAAAGGCACACAUUCGAUACACGAAUACUAUAUAAUAAUUACAGUUUAUUUAUUUACAUUGUCUUUUAUUAUGUUUUAUUAUGUUCUGUACAAUACAAUGGUAUUUUUCUUUAUAGAAAACACAGGACCAAAAAAAAAUUGUUUUGGGGGCCUGGAACAGAUUAAUGUGGUUACGGUACCACUGUGUGUGUGUCAUUAGGUGCAAUAGGUAAUCUCAUGAGAGCCAAUAGAAGAACUGCCUUUACAAAGAUAAUAUUGCGCCCGAGCUUGUGGUUAUUCAUGUUGUUGAAUGUUACCGUAGUUUCUAGUGGUCUCAAGCUGCACUGCAUCAAACUUAGAUUGUUUCUAAGAAUUUACCCCACUCGAGUAGCUUAACAAGGUAAUUAAGAUAUUAGAAACGUGUCAGUAAGAAGCAGUGCAAUUUUGCACCACAACAAAGUCUGAGAGCUUCAAUUCAAAUUGACCCAAUUACCUCCAACAAGCAUGAAGGUUUCAAGUCAUUUUUUGAUUGCCAUUUGUCGAUUGCUUGAUUUUCUUACCAAACCCCUUUGAUGCGCCCGAAACCAGAAGUUCUGUCAUAAAUUGAGACAACCAGAGCUACACAAAUCAAUUUUACUCAUCAUGAACUAAUAGAUGUACAUAUGAUUUGUAAUAUUUUCAUUGUCAUUAUUUCACUUUUGUCCUUUUCAAGGUGGCACAGCAGUGACCCUAGCGCCACUGAAUACUAUGAUGAUGCGAUGAAAAAAAAAGUCUCUGCCCAUCAUUUACCACCUUGUACAGUGUCGCAUGUCAUCAUUCUCCAUGAACCAGGAAUUGACCGGCUACCUAUGCAGAAUUAGCAUGCUAACUAAUAUAUGGACACAAAUGUAGUUAUCUUUGUAAAGGCAGAGUUUUUUGAGAUUGUGAAAUGACGUUUCUGUGAGUGUAUAUUGUGUGUGUGUGUGUGUGUGUGUUUGUGUUGUGAUAUUUUGCUCAUCCAUAAAGAUGGAGGGCAAAUGCUCUCAUUACCUUCUAGGGAGUACAUUAUCACAACACCCCCUUUCACACAGCUCGCCAAUUUGUUAUCACUGUUACACCUUGUGUUUCCAACAGAAAGGCAUGACAGAACAAAGGCGGUAGUACCAGCACCAUAUUUACUGUAUGUGUGUGUUCCAUGUAAUCAAGCAAAGCUGCAUAAUGGCAGACCACUUUCUACAGCGAUGUUAUGCAAUCUCUGCAUCAAAGAGGUUGGUGUCGCAUUGCUUUUUGUUCUCCUUUCAUUUUCCAGUAGCUCUGGCCCUGUCUCCUGCUGUGUGUACCCAAGUGUUCCAAUGCCGUAUCUUGACUGCUUGUCAUUUUGUAAAAUAGUGAAACUGUGUUUUCUUUUUCUUUGUUUUGCAAGCAUGUGGUUCAGGUUGUCAUUGUAGCUUACCAGUAAAGACAAGGAUUAAUAACAUGCAUGCACACACACAAAUUAUGCAGGGAUGAAUUAGAAGACACCCAAGAAUCUGUACUAUGGUCGCUUAACUGUGGUCCUGUCGCUGGGGCUGCCGGUAUAGUUCCAUAGGAACAUCCUUAAUAAUCUUCAGUGUCUGGCCUUCAGCUCAAGCUGAAUCUCAUCAGAGCCAACGCAGUAUCAUCUGGAAUUGCUUUUGCAUCCCAUGGGGCAGCCUGUGCAUUUUCAAGUCCAGUGGCUCUAGCUGGCUGACUACGUUUGAUUAAAAAGGAGCCAAGUGCCUUGGUUAACAUACAGACAGCAUAAUGGGAACAGAAAGGUAUUAUUACACAUCUACAGCGCACACAUGCACAAAGUAGCUCCUGUGUGUACAUCACAAGAGCUGGUGCUUUGUGGUAUAUUAUUCAUUCAGAUCAGGAUUAUACAGUAAAUUUUUAUUAUAGUAAUGAAGACAGACCCAGUGGGGAAAACAUAGAUUGGUUGAACAUACUUACACAUUAUUUUCUCAUGGAAGAAAGUUUAUGGACUCUUACUUUCAUAGCGCAUCGGCGGCGGGGCGCAAAUACCGGCGGAUCCUGAUUUUUGUGCAAGCGCAAGGCUCGCUGCACAUGUUUGCCAAUUUGGCAGACCGGUCUGCGGCAAGCUGGGCGUGCCGGCAAAGUGACGGUGUGUCCUUGGAGAUGUGCGCGGCGGCGUGACAAUUUGGUGACAGAAAAAAAAAUUGGGCCUGCUCAGACCAUGUCUACCUGCAGGCGCAGGCUAGACCGCUGGUCUAAUGCGAUUUUGGUGAAUUUGAUCUAGACACAGGUAGACAGAUUCAAGUCAUCAACGGUUAUCACCAGCUCAUUCUGCAUUUAAUGAGGGUACCCGCUCACAUUGUCUGUCGUCAAGUGCAGUGACAAUGCUCCACUCACGCACGGAUUGCUGCGACGACGCAUCAUCCUCUUCCACACAGAGAUGUCUCCGUUGAGGCUGUCAGAUGAGCCUCAUUUAAAGGGAAUGAGAGGAGCCGCUUGGAUUCGCGGCGAAUGAAGUCGGCUGUAGACACACCCACUGUGGCGCAGCCCGCCUACUCUCGGAUCUGCCGGGCUGCGCUGGUCUUCGAAAUCACCAACAUCGUUCUAAACCGCCCCUAGCGCACUGUUGCGCUGUCCGCCGCACCAGAAUUUCACCGGUCAUGAAAACAGAGCGCUAUAUGUUGGUGCGCCCUGUUGCACUUUACUAAUUCUUUAAGGCAUCUUUUUAAAUAGUCUUAAGGAGUAAACUAAAUAAUAAUUGGUAGUUUAUGUUACAGCCUCUCUUAAAGGGGUUUUAUUGUCACAAACCAUGUCCUAUGUACCAGUCAAAAGUUAAUGCAUGACAAUCUGUUCAUGCAUGUCCUCAAAUGCAGCCUCACAAAAUGGGAUAUGCAGUAUUAUGCUCAAGUAGCUCUUAGUGUCCGUGUUCUUGCGGUUCAGCCAAUUCACUCAUCGGUGACCCACUCAUAUCCCCAGAGACACCUUCAUAAAUUAUUAGUGCAUAUUUAUGUGAUGUUCAUUUAUACCGACAAGGUUAUGAAAGUGCUUUUUCCCCUCAUUUGCAAGCAUGCAGAUUUUAUGAGCCUACUUUACCUGCAGCUCAGUAACAAAUAUAAUCAUUCAUGAAGUUCCUUCCUUGGUAAUGUCAUUGAGAGCAUAUUUUAAUAGUGAUUACAGGGUCAGCAUAAAUAUAACAACAUGGAGGAUGCUGCCAAACAAUCGCGAUCAAUAGCUCACUAACGGUAUUACGAAUCAUUUUUGGGCACAUCAUGUUGUGACAGGUGGCAUAGGUCUCAGCAACUCCACUCCUGCAGGGAUUUUAAAUUAUUUGAAUCUGUGGUUAAUUAUGCAUUGUGCUGGAGGACUGAAAUGAACCAUUGCAUCUCUCAGAGCAAGUGUCAAAAGUCACUGUCCUCCAAGUGGAUCACAGAAGCCUUUGAUUUUAUUAUAUUAAGUAGCUUGCCAAAUGACAUGAGUGAGUAGUGAAUUUACAUAUUCAAAAGAUACACCGUCAAAUACAACAGCAUGAAAAUCAUUGCAAACCUCUUUCAUAUCAUGUGAUAGGUAAAGCUACCAAUUUUGUUUUAACCUAUUUAAUUUGGGAGGACAGUUAAAUCAAUUUUCUUAAAUCAAUGAAUGCAAAUAAAUAUAUUUUUAAAUACACAUAAAUAUGAAUCAACUUCUAUUUAAUUAACCGACUUUCUUCAGCCUGCUCAUCGAAUGUUUGUGUUUUAUCCCACUGGCUUGUAAUUUAGGUGAUUUAAGAUGAUCAAUGUUUGAGAAACGCCUGAGAAAUUCUUCAUGCUUCAAACAAUAUCAAAAUUUACCUUAAACUAUAUAUAUAUAUAUAUAUAUAUAUAUAUAUAUAUAUACUUGAAGCUUGUUUAAUGCUGCAACCAAAGAUGCAUUUACAUGCCCACUAAAGAUGCUUAUAAAAAGUAACUUACCACUUAACCACUUGCAGUAGGCCUACAGUUACAAAUGAUUAAAGCUUAAAAUGCCAGUAUGCAUUUGCGAUAUUUUACACAGUAUUAUUUUCGCUGACAUGACGUGGUAAAUCAGGAGACUUGUUUAGUUUGCAACAUUUGUGAUGAAAUUGGAGAGCCGGCAUAACCUCUGGUACAAUUGCAGACUAAUGAGCUCCAAAGCAAAAGUUGUGUCAAACAAUUGGCCUCAACAUAGCUAACAGUUCUGCGUCAUAUGUAGCUUAUCAGAGGGGUCAGUGUUAGAAGUACCUCGCAAAUGGCGUGUGAAUGAAUGCGUACGGUCGUUGAGCUCAAAAACUUCAUAGCAUAUCGCAGCACUCUCCAGAUACUAUGCAAAUAUUCUCCUGGGGAUGACAGCAGAAAGAGGAUGGUGUCAGAACAACCUGAUUAGACACUAAGUUUAUAUUGGUAAUGACAAUACAGUCCAUUUUGAAACAAAUGGAAGAAUAACCUCUUUUGACAUGCAUUGGUAUGUCAAAAUUCAAUAUCAGCAUCUUUGGCAGACUUUUUGAUACAUAUCUUGAAUUAGAUCUCACCAGACUGUGCUGCAGUUUACCUAGGUGUACAUUGAUAUCUAUAUCUGUAUGCAAACCCACAAUUAUUGCCCAAUUUCUCGUCGGUCCAACUUAUUACUUUUGUUUUUUUUCUCAUUCCAGCAUUCCGGAUUAGCUAUUUUUCACCACAAGUAUCUGUGUUGUUCAUCUACUGUAGAGGUGGCAACAACAGCCACUCAACUUUUGCCUUCUACAUAAUAUGCAGUAUACAUUUGUGUUUCUGUCAAGGACACUUAUGUGACCAUGAACAUGUUUUUGCCCGAAGAUUAUAGCAGUGAUUAACAUUCAAAUGCCCAAACAGAUAUGUAACCAUAGCUUGUUUUAAUUUGAGACUCAAUGUUUUUGAUUAACUGGAUUCAACUGAACUGAACUUUUGGGUUUUAUGUGUUUUGUCAGUUAUUUUCCCACAGGGCCAGAGUUAACUACAACGGAACCAUGUCAUCACACCAAGGCAUAACAUAUAAAAAGUAUAUAAAAAUAUAAAUAUAUUUAUGCUAAUCAGUACCGCUUGUGGUUUAUACAACAUAACCUCUAAAAUGUUGAUGCAAUUCUCUUGAUGGGUAGCGCGCCAUAUACAAAUAGUAUAUUAAAUAACAUUAACUGAUAGCUGAGACAAAUGUUACCAAGUUGUGAAUUUGUAGAUAUUGUGGAAUCAAUUCCAAUAGUCUGUGAAUAUGGAUAUGUCGCGUCAUUUAUUUUUCAAUUUGAUACGUAGCGAUGUCUAACAGUCAGCUCUGUAACACUGCGUGUUAUAGUGUUUUAACGGCGUGCCGUAGAUACUGUUCGCGAAUCUACUUACGAGAUCAGUACCUUGUGUGCAGUUUUUUUUUUCCUCUCGAAACUUAACUGUGAAUUAGCAGCCGUUUGCAAGCAGAGUCGUACAUGCUGUGUUCGCUCUCCUGCAAUUCCAGUGCAUGUCUCUACGCAUUGAGCGAUAAAAGACAAGACUCUACAAAGACAGGCCCAGGAACAUACUGUAGUGGACUCUGUAGUGUUGUUGGGAAGUGGCUCUGUCUGUGUUCACUGACUGGACUCUGUAUGUUGACUUCUCUCGUUCAUGUGCUUACUGUAAUGAGAUGUAGCAAAUGGAAAUUGAAA